AUGGCUGAAUCAGCUCCCACAAUACAGCGCCAACGUCAACGCAAGUUUCAUCGCAGGUCAAGAAACGGCUGUUCCACAUGCAAGACAAAGCACAUCCGGUGCGACGAGAGAAAACCACUAUGCACAUACUGUCUUCGACAUGGUGGAGAAUGUGGCUACCCGGACGGAGAUGCUGAGUCCAGCACCCCGGAGCCCGGGCGUGGGUCCGGAUCCAGGGCUGGAUCGAGGGAGCCUCACGAAUCUGCCGAACCUCGCCUGCCUUUGGUAGACGCUUCUCUAAAAGACCCAUUCCUAGGAACCUCGUAUGAUAUGCCCCACAAGUCACGGUCGUUAUUCCAACUCUUCGCAAAUACAAGGGUACUAUACACGACCCGGGUUGAAAGAAGUGCGGAUUCAUUCAUUGUACACAAGGCCUUGUCACAUCCCGGGUUCCUCCAUGCUGCAUUGUUAAUGACUGCCCUGCAUUGGGCAUGGUGCACCGGCGAUGUCGAGCACUUCCGAGUCCCUUACCUCUAUCACAAGCUGCAGGCGAUACGAUUCGUCACAGACCAGCUAAGGAAUCCAGACGCCGCUAUCCAUGAUGGCACAAUAGCAGCCGUCUCAAGCCUCGCCCUAGUCGAGAAUGCCUUGGGGUCUGUCGACGCCGUAUCAUCUCAUCUACGCGGGCUCGCGAAAAUUAAAGAAUUACAAGGCGAGGACAGACGUCCUAGGAAGAUGGGCUUGCUUCAACGAAUGAUCCUAAUGGCAGCCAGAAGCGUUUCCAGCCGCCCCGUUUGGGAUAUCCUGGACAUUAGUCGAACAGACCUAGUACACCAGUCCGUGAUAAUAUCACUGCUCCGAGUUGCACUCCGGCCAAUCUAUAGCCUGCGAAUGUUAGGUAGCUCGUACGAUUCGAAGGAGCCGCUCUCGGAAAUCCUAGCGAGAAAGGCACCUCACUCUCGAGUAAGCGAUAGCAACGCCUUAUCACCUCUCAGAUCAGUCGAUAGUAGUAGAUCUGGGUUCAUAGCGUGCUACUUCUAUCUCUACGUAAUCAUACGUGAAGGCAUGGUUGAUUCAUUCAUACUUAAUUGGUUCAUCGAGCAGUUACUUGCGGACGUCUGCCGCACCGAGAUGCCCAUGCAGACGGGCCAAUAUAGUCAGUCGCUCUGGUUUUGGUCUGUUAUGUUUGGUGCGUGCGUCACAAUGGCGGCUAAGAUCAGUGACGAUCUCGAGAGGAAACAAAUGAAGGUAUACCGGGAUGUAUAUUUGGACAAGAUCAACCUCGUGAGCCGCGUGCUAAAGAUUAAGAAUUGGGAAGCGGCCAAGUCGACACUAAGGCUCUUCGCCUGGGAAGACGACUUUGACGGAGAGACGGAACUAGAGGCAGUAUGGGAAGAGGCUGUCUGGGAAAGCGAAAAAGUAUCCUGUAAAUGGUACAGCGGGAAAAACGUCGAAUAUCAAAAGGCUAGAAAUUGCUGGUGA